UCUGACUCCUGAAAAAAAAGGGACAAGGGAGGGGGAAGACGAGGAGCGAAGAGAACCAGAAGGACAGAGAAAAAAAUACCUUAAAACUGCCUCGAGAGAGGCACAAAAACAGGGAGAAUGAGAAACAGGAGUCACAGAAGAUGUUUUAGAGAUUCAAGAAAGGGGACGGGAGACCAUUCAAAAGCUCUUUUCUCCCCUGUUGUGGCUCAGAACUGAAAACAGGAUUACCUCAUGCUUCUUAUCAUAGAAACACAUGCUGCCUCUGAUCUGGAUUUUCAACGUUGAGUCUGUAGGAAUACCCAUUUAAUCAGGGUUUACAGCACUGUCCAAAGGAAGACCUGCCAAACAAGCAGGUUGGGUUCACACAGACCGAGACAUUCGCAUGGGCAGGGAUCUGUUCUCCAACAUCAUCUCCAUCAGACUAGACUGGCAGCUACGUGGACACUGGAUUUGAGAGCGGGUCUCUGAUGUGCACACCCUUUGGACCGGCGCUGUGCCGUGUGCUAUGUUGAUGACACACUGCUGCUUCCUCGAACCCUACGGGUUGGGCUGGAUCAGAAUGGGAGGUUAAAAGGGCAAAUAGCAUCAUGGGAGCCAAACAAAUGAAAUGUCUCAGUUCAUCCAGUCCAGCACACACACCCAAGGAGGAGUAUAUUAUUGCCAAAUCUGAAGAUUCAGGAGAGAUAGUUGGAAACCACACGGAGCAACCACAAAGCCUAGAGGAUGUAGUGAAAUCCUCAGCCACCGAGCCGUCUCCUGGCCCAGAGCAUGCUGGGAAAGAGGAAAGCAGCACAUGGGAGGAACAGUUAUGUGCCCAGCAGGAACAGCUGGAGAAGGAGAUGCAGGAGACCAGGAAAAUGGUGACAAGGCUUCAGGCCUUACUGCUGCAUGGGUCUCUACCUGAGGAUGAGCAAACAUCUACUCUGAGCUUUGGAGACAGUACCAGCUCAGAGCAACAGCUGAUUUUAAUCCGCAGUCGUCUGGACCAGAGUAUGGAGGAGUCUUUAGAUCUGAAGAGAGAACUUUUAAGAUACAAGCAGGAGGCACGUAAUCUGCAGGCUAUAAAGGAUGCCUUGCAGCAGAGAAUGUCUGUGCAGGAGGACUCAGUACUGCAACUCAAACAGGAGCUGCUCAGAUCCAGCAUGGCCAGAGAGGAGCUGGAGGGACAGAAUGUGGAACUAGAAAGGAAGCUGAGCGAACGAAACAGAUUGCUGAGUGAAUACAAAAAAGAACUCGGGCAGAAAGACAGACUUCUUCAGCAGCAGCAGUCAAAACUGGAUGAUGCACUGCGCAGGAUCAGUGAAAGCUAUCACAGGUUGUCAGGAUGUGAGAAUAAUGGCUACAGUCACAUGAUGGACACAUCCUCCGCUGUUUUCCAACACAGAAUGGGGGAUGAGCUACAGCUGGUGCGCGAUGCUCUGCGCAGUCUGAGGGACAGUUUCAGUGGUCAUGACCCACAGCACCACACACUGGACACACUGGAGCAGGGUGUAGCCAGUCUGGUGGACCGCCUCCACACCACGGAGAGCAAGAAAAGGCAGGAGAGAAAGGGUUCAACCAGGUCUCCUGGACGAAAAGCCAAUCACACAGACAGAGAAUCAUGGCCAUCAAGCUCAAAGAUGGCUCAUUCUCACAGCAGCCCUGUUCUCAGUGCGGCAGCCUCAACCAAAGUACUCUACUACACAGAUCGCUCUCUCACACCCUUCCUAGUCAACAUCCCUAAGAGGCUGGGGGAGGUUACGCUACAGGACUUCAAGGCAGCUGUGGAUAGACAUGGCUUUUUUAGAUAUCACUUCAAAUCUCUGGAUCCAGAGUUCGGAACGGUGAAGGAAGAGGUGUUUCAGGACAAUGCUGUUAUUCCUGGAUGGGAAGGGAAGAUCGUUGCAUGGGUGGAGGAGGAUCAUGGAGAGGGGAGAUAGAGCAUGAGGGUUUGAUCCAUUCAGAAUGUAUGUUUUACCCUACAUAUACCUCAUCCCUACAAAACUCUGAAGCCUUCGUCAUGUCCUAACUGUGAAUCUCACUGAACCAGUUAACUAUGUCAUUACAGCAGGCACGUGUUUGUAAAAUUGUGUAUAUGCAUUUUGAAGAAUGAAAGAAGAAUGGUUUUUAAGGUUAUUAAAAAAUGGUUUACAGCUAAAUGCAGAUUAUGUUUUUGAGUGUACUGAGGUUACGGUACAUUUUGUUUUGCAAAAGCUAGUAUGUAUGUCAGCAAUGCCUAGUGAUAAGUGACCAAGAAAAGAAGAUUAUUUAAAACUGUAUGUGUCUUGUGCAGUGACAAAUAAUAAACAUGUUGCAUUAUUGCCAAACUGUGACAAGCAUCUCACACAUUGUGUGCAUGUAUUGUCCUGCCAGAAAAAUACCAUUUUAAGAGAACAUAUAAUCAAAAAUGUCUGCACAUUCACGUUAAUAUAUUUUUCACUAAAAUGUAUGUCAACCUUUCUUGACUAUCCUUAGAAAAUAAGCGGUGGUAAAAGCAGGCACCACUUUAUUUGUAAAAAUUUGUAACAUUUCAACAUAUUGAAAUAUUCCUUUUGAAAAUGAUUGUACUUUUCCUAUCAAGUUUGCAUGUCUGUCCGCAGUGUUUUGUAUCUGUGUUGUAAAUGCAAAUACAGUUGACACUUGUCCACCUUUUAUUAAAGGCUUUCUGUGCACA